CUCAACGAGCAGGUGAGCGUCCGACCGGCCGCUGGCCUUCGGCUGGUCUCGGGAGCGUGCCGCCUGCCCUGAUCUGAACAGGCGAGCCAACGGCCGCUGCCUGUAUGUGGCGCUUCCCAAUGUUGCAAAGCACUCUCAACACUAGCAGCUGAGCUGAGAUCGUCCUUCUGUAGACUCUAUAAUAUGGAAGGAGAAGCCGAGGUCCCGGGGCGGUUUAUCUCAUCCACUAGACCUCGCCCCCCACCAGGAGAGGCCUGUAAUAUGCCCCCUUCCUUUCCAGGAGUCUAGACUCUCCCGGCGCCUCGGGAGAGUAAUGGGGAGCUUACAUGCAGGCCUCCGAUCCUGUGAGAGUUCUUUUUAGUGAUCACUUCUGCACAAGUCAGCGUUAUAAAAUCCUGGCCAAGAAGGGGAUGAGGUGUUGAUGAUACAGGAGGCCAAGAGGGAAUGCCGGGGGACAUGGUACCUCCCUGCAGGAAGAAUGGAACCAGGAGAAACCAUCGUGGAGGCCAUGCAGCGGGAGGUGAAGGAGGAGGCAGGGCUGCUCUGUGAGCCAGUGACACUGCUGUCCGUGGAGGAGAGGGGCGCCUCCUGGAUCCGCUUUGUGUUCCUCGCUCGACCAACAGGCGGAGUUCUCAAGACUUCCAAAGAUGCUGAUUCUGAGUCCCUCCAGGCCGGCUGGUACCCACGGGUCUCCCUGCCCACACCGCUUAGAGCCCAUGAUGUUCUGCACCUGGUAGAGCUAGGCGCCAAAUUCUGCCAACAAGCCAUGCACCCUCUCAUUCUGCCUCAAGAGCUCCCCUGCAGUGUGGUCUGCCAACGGCUGGUGACCACCUUCACAACAGUCCAGUCGGUGUGGGUGUUGGUGGGCACGGUGGGGACACCUCACUUGCCCAUCACUGCCUGUGGCUUUACCCCUAUGGAACAAAGGGGCGGCAUCAAGGUGGCCAUCUUGAGGCUCCUACAGGAGUGUCUGACUCUGCACAGUUUGGCAGUGGAGACCAAGGGGUUGCUUGGGUUGCAACACCUAGGCAGAGACCAUGUGGAUGGUGUCUGCCUGAAUGUGCUGGUGACCGUGGCUUUUCGGAACCCAGGAAUCCAAGACGAGCCCCCAAAGAUUCGGGGUGAAAACUACUUUUGGUGGAAGGUAUUAGAGGAAGAUUUACAAAAACUGCUUCUGUACAGACUCCAGGAAUCUUCUGUGAUCCCCCUGAGCAGAUAGAGAGAUUCCAGCAGGGACCAAAAGCUGAGCUGCCCCCUCCCUCUGAGGCAGAGAAAAGGCUGGCAGUCAGGGAUCUCAUUGCACAUUUUGAGGGGGCAGGGACCACACAUUGAGCCCAAAGGGAGGGUGUCUUGAAUCCACUUUUCAAGGGCUCAGUUCUGAGGGCACACAGUACUUGUCUUUUAAGUUGGUGAGGAACUUUUUGAACCCUAAAUGGCACCAUCUUUGUCCACUUUGGAAAAGGCUGCAUGUCAAUCCUUCCAACCCCAUAGGAAUGUAGAGAGGGAUGGGACAUGGGGGACGCAUCCCUCAGGGCAGAGUCCUCAUUGCUGAGUAAAAAGGUAUUGCUUAACCUGCCUGCUUGCCUAAAUGUCUGUGUGGGGAGGAUAUGGGGCACUGUCCCACCCACAGUCACCCAGGUCUUUCCUCACCGUGUACACACUGAUGCUAUGCAGGGAUGUAAGGAUCCUGAGGCAGACAUCGAUGCUCGCUGAAGCCUCGACCCACCCAGGCUCUUUUUAGUGUUCCUGUCCUGUCAGGGCGGGCGUGGGACUUUGAAGUGACCACACCCCUAAUAAAAGCACAGCUCAGACCUGUCCAGGUGUUGAACGGUUCGGUCUGGUGAAACUGCCUAGGGAACAAGAAAGAGCUGAGGAUGACACGUUGGCCUCUGCCAGUCUUUUUCUCUUUGAGCUUCCUGGGCUCUGACCUGUUCCGUGUGCUCUCGGACCUGGCUUUUUGGUUUUUGUUCAUGUCCCUGUCCUCAGUUCAUGUCGCCCAGGCAGACUGUGAACUCUUAUAAUGUAGCUGGUGAUGACCUUGACUCAUCCAGAUUCUGCAGAAGUCAAGCCCUUUUAUCAAUGGGUUACACUCCCAGGCCAGCACAGGAUUCUGUUUUCUUGAGAUAGACUCUGCCCACAUAGACCAGGCUGACCUCAAUCAAGUUUGUUGUGAUCUUCCUGCCUCCAAUUCUUGAGUCCUGGGAAUACAGAUGUGCUCCAGCAUGCUGCUGCUUAUCAUUAGCAUCAUUAUUAUUAUCUGAUGAAAGCUUCGGAGCUGGCGAGGUGGCUCCGCUCAGCAGUUAAGAGCAUAUGCGGCUGGCUCAUGCUGAGGACCUGAGUUUGGUUUCCAGUCCUUGCACCAAGUGGCUCACAACCACCUCCAGCUUCAGGCUUUCUGAAACCCUCUCUAGCCUCUGAGGGCACUCACUCAAUGUGUACAUCUCCUAUGCAGACAUACAUAAUUAAAAAUAGAAAUGAAAAUGAAAAUCAAAAGCAGUUGGAGCAAAGGAAAUGUAUCCCAUGUUGCUAAUCAUCACAUUAGAUUUCUGAUUCUGAGCAAGGAGACGCACUUCCUAGCAUUGCUUUUCACAGAGGACAGUAGCUUGAGGAGCCAGAAAAACUCCUUGAUCCUUUUCCUAGUGCCCCAGGCCUCUUUGGUAACCAUCUUGUCUGGUCUCUAGAAAGAGGAAUCCUCCUUAGACUCCCUGAGGACAUAGUUUCCAAAUGAUAAACCAAAGCGAGGUAUGAUGGCACACACCUUUUAUCCCAGCAUUCGGGAGGCAGAGGCAGGAGGAUCUCUAGGAAUCUAUAUAGCAAGUUCCAGGACAGCCAGUACUACAUAGUGAGGCCCUAUUUCAAAAACUAGAACAAAAUAAAUGAAGUCUUUUCUAUUUUAUUUUUGGAGUGCUGUGGGUUGAACCCAGGGGCUCACACAUUUUGGGUUAAGCAGGCUACCUAAUGGUCUCACUGAAAACCAAAACCUUUUAUUCAGGUCAGGACUCCUCCAGUUCCCCCACACACAGAGAAGGGCAGUGACAUUCACUGCCACCAUUUAGCCUGGUGGCUUUUGAUCCUGAGUACACAUCACUGUCACCCAGACAGUUCUCAGUUCUGUCCACCCACUAGGGUGACUAAGCUGCUGAAACCAGCUGGGAGCUGGCGUGUGUGUGUGUGUGUGUGUGUGUGUGUGUGUGUGUGUGUCUGUCCAAGCGCAUGAGCAGGCACAUGCAUGCACAUAAGCAAGAGAAGGAGGGUGUCGGGAGCCCUGUUCUAUUGCUUUCUACUUUAUUCCCGUGAGACAGGGUCUGGUCUAUCACUGAACCUGGAGCUAGACUGGCACACUGCAAGCUCCAGUGAUCCUCCUGUCUCCUUUACCCAUGGCUCUAGGACGUCAGAUGUGUACGCAGCCACACCUUGGCUUCUUACCUGGGUGAUGGGAAUACAGAGAAACCCAUGGCUCUGUUGGCACUUUCACCCCCUGAGCCAUCUCCCCAGCUGGGCACCAGUAUCUCAGAAAGAAGCCUAGAUUAUUCUUAAAAGGUCUUUUUAGAUUUCUGUUUAUGUGUGUGUGUGUGCACACUCAAGUGCAGGCCCUCAGAGGCAUCAGAUCCCCUGGAGCUGGCGCUUUGGGCAGUUGAAGGCUUCCUUACAUUGGUGCUGGGAAGCAAACUUAGGUCCUCUGCAGUAAGUGUGUUACUCACUAAGCUGCCUCUCCAAGUGGUUCUAGUAGGCACUAUUGAAACCCUGCUGAGGACCUGCUUCUCAAAUCUCCAUUGCCCGACCCCCUGGAUACUCUUUAUGAUUCAGAAUACUCAUUCCCAUACCAUUUAGAAAACAGCCGAUGUGGGAGUUGGGCACCGGAGUACACACCUGUAACUCCAGCACUCAGGAGGCUGAGACGAAAGGGUCCCUAUCCAGUUCAAAGCCAUCCUGGACAUGUAUGGAGCAUGACCCUCUCAAAAGUCCAACCCACCAACC